UUUGGGAUUCAGGGAACCAAUAAUAAUAAUGAUGAUGAUGAGAAAACUAAUUGUUCUUCUAAUGGUGAAGCUUCCAACAAUGUUCUGAAAUCUAAAAGCUUUUCGUUUAGAGCUCCUCAGGAAAAUUUCAGUAUUGAUGAUUUUGAACUGGGCAAGAUCUAUGGUGUUGGUUCUUAUUCAAAGGUUGUGAGGGCAAAGAAGAAAGAUACCGGCAUGGUAUAUGCGUUGAAGAUCAUGGACAAAAAGUUCAUCACCAAAGAAAACAAAACAGCUUAUGUAAAGCUGGAACGGAUUGUGAUCGAUCAACUGGACCAUCCUGGCAUUGUGCAGCAACAUUUUACAUUUCAAGAUUCUCUCUCUCUGUACAUGGCGCUUGAAUCCUGUGAAGGUGGAGAGCUUUUUGACCAAAUAACAAGAAAAGGUCGCUUAUCGGAGGAUGAAGCUCGUUUUUAUGCUGCAGAGCUUGUAGAUGCUCUUGAAUACAUACAUGGCAUGGGAUUGAUACACAGAGAUAUUAAGCCAGAGAAUUUGCUACUAACCAAAGAAGGUCAUCUUAAGGUUGCGGACUUUGGUAGUGUAAAGCCAAUGGAAGAUAGCCAAAUUACAGUCCUUCCUAAUGCAGCCUCGGAUGAUAAGGCAUGCACAUUUGUGGGGACGGCUGCAUAUGUUCCUCCUGAAGUCCUUAACUCUUCUCCAGCAACUUUCGGAAAUGACAUCUGGGCACUUGGCUGCACCUUGUACCAAAUGCUUUCAGGGACUUCUCCUUUUAAAGAUACGAGCGAAUGGCUUAUAUUUCAAAGAAUUAUAGCCAGAGAUAUAAGAUUUCCAAACUACUUUUCCGAAGAAGCCAAAGACCUUAUUGAUCACUUAAUGGAUACCGAUCCCAGUAGACGAGCAGGUGUUGGUCCCGAAGGUUAUGCUGCACUCAAGAGGCAUCCUUUCUUUAGGGGAGUUGACUGGAGCAAUGUAAGAGCAGGAACCCCUCCAAAGCUUGCAUUACAGAGAGGGGCUCAUUCAAGUGACGGUGAUGGUGAUUCUUCACAGAAUCCGAACCCCAUCCGAUAUGGUUCCGGUAGACAAAAUGAUGGGUCAUCAUCAAUUGAAUCAUCUGGCCAUAUAAAUAGAAUGGCCUCCAUCGACUCCUUUGAUUCGAAAUGGCAACAAUUUCUGGAACUGGGAGAAUCUGUACUUAUGAUCUCAAUGGUGAAGAAAAUACAGAAGUUAUCGAGCAAGAAGGUGCAGCUUAUCCUCACCAACAAGCCGAAAUUGAUUUAUGUAAAUCCCGCAAAAAUGGUCGUAAAAGGGAAUAUUAUUUGGUCCGACAAUUCUAGUGACCUUAGUGUCCAGGUCACAAGUGCGUCACAGUUCAAGAUUUGCACGUCGAAAAAGGUCUUGUCAUUCGAAGAUGCGAAACAAAGAGCAUGGCAGUGGAAAAAAGCUAUCGAGAGCCUCCAAAACCAGUGAAGUGAUUUAUUCAUGGUCAAGAAGCACAUUUAUCAGACAUUCUGAUAUUAUCAAGUAACUUGAGAACCUUUAAAUACAACCGGCAUCUCGAAGCAACCAUUUAUGUCAUGAAAGCGGCUCAAGAGUGUUUCUAUUCAGCAGUUUUCUGGUGCAGGCACGUCUUUCUGUUCGUAUAAAGCUUUCAUCCACUCUCUUGUGGAAUUUGGUACGUAAUGAACGUUUUCUUACAUGUUUCAACCUUUGUUCUGAAAUGAACUAACAAUCUGAAAUAUGGUCUUUUAGUGGGGAAGAAAAGGGGAUUUUUCUGUUAAUGUACAUGUUUUAAUGUAUUGAAAGUAUACGUUUCAAAGCCAUUAAUGAAAAAUUAUUUUCAUGAAA